GCGCACGCAUCUGUUACGUACGAUCCUAGAAUCGCCCACCAAGGUGCCGAGGCCAUGCGCGAUGCUGUUUUAGCUGCAUUAAAUUCGCCAAGGCGCUCAGCCAAGUUACUAGGCUUUGUAUCUUCUUCUUUUGAUAUCACUGACUCAACGGCUUCAGACUCAGUGAGAGCAGGUGUUACUUCAAGUGUGCCACUAAAAACUCGAGCUUUGCAUUGCCUUAUAUCAUUGCUUAUACGGUUGGUAACAGACGCAAAUUUCAAUGUGGUACUGUGCAGUCUUGAUAUCGGCACCAAGAUUAUAACUUUUCUUGCAAAACAUGCUCGUAACAUCCACUUGUUGGAACCUUCGAAAAUUGCAAUGUUUAAUUGGAUUUCCCUCCGCAUGCUUCGUAUGGUUAGAAUUGCCCUUACUGACUCCAAGUUGGUUGUACGUGUGGCCGGCUCCAAGUUAGCAAUGGCCGUUGCUAGGCUCCCUGGAGGUGGCAUGAUUUUGGCAAAGCAGCUGGCUGGACGAGCUCUUCUUGACGCUUACCGAUAUCAGCAAAUAAUUUCGAGAACUAAUGCCUCGGUUAGUACCUUUUAA